UGGACAGAGGCAUGUAAAAGAUAUCAGAUGAACAUUUCUAAGCAACAGCAGCUACUACCCUACUCAUUUGGAGUUCCCUCACCUUCUCUUCUUCCCAAAAUUCUUCAUUUGAUCGUGUCUACAUGCUGUACUACAAAUUUGUUUUAUACAAGUAAUUUGCUUAUUCAGUGAAGUGAAAGUCCAAUUGUUCGUUGAAACUCCACAUAUCUCUGGUUGCCUCCAUAUCUUCCCAAGCUACAGCAGCAUGGCGGCUCUGGUGGCUGUGGCCGUGCCGCAGCCACUCUCAUGCCUCCGCUACCCUCCAUUCUAUGGAGCCACCCAGAUAUCGAACGGCGAAAAUACCCUCCCUUCAAUUCGCAGUGCGCAAGCAUCGCCUUCUUCCUCUACCCAAACAUGGCGAAGAAACUCUCUCACUCUCACCAAAUCUGCAACUCAUCAACUUUCCUUACUCGAACGGAUAAACGAGCUCUGCGAUUCGGAGAACCUCAGUGAGGCGUUGGCACUAUUACAGCGAGACUUCGACAGUGUGUCUUUUGAUUCCGCUUAUAGAAAGGAGGCAAUGGGCGUGUUGUUGCAGGCCUGUGGCCACCUCAAAGACGUUGAGAUUGGCCGGAAAGCCCAUCAGAUGGUCUCUGCUUCGACCCAGUUCAGGGACGACCUUGUUCUGAAUACCCGAAUCAUUACAAUGUACUCCAUGUGCGGGUCUCCUUCGCAGUCCCGUAUCUCGUUUGAUCGACUGGAGAGGAAGAACUUGUUUCAGUGGAACGCAUUGGUUAGUGGGUACACUAGAAAUGAGCUCUGGGUUGAUGCGAUUUCCUUAUUCAGCCGGCUGAUAACUACGACGGAACAUAAACCGGACAAUUUUACUCUGCCUUGUGUUAUUAAGGCGUGCGCUGGGAUUUUCGAUCUGGGACUCGGACGCGCCGUUCAUGGAAUGGCAACGAAGUUGGAGUUGGUCUUGGAUGUGUUUGUAGGUAAUGCGUUGAUCGCGAUGUAUUCAAAAUGUGGGAUUGUUGAGGAUGCCGUUAAGAUGUUUGAAUAUAUGCCCCAGAGGAACUUGGUUUCUUGGAACUCGAUUCUUCUUGGGUUUUCUGAAAAUGGGUUCUUCCAAGAAAGCCUUGAUUUUUUUAGGAAGAUGGUGGUAAGCGCGGAAGGCUUGAUUCCGGAUGUUGCUACACUGGUGACCGUAUUACCGGUAUGUGCGGGGGAAGGAGAUGUAGAAAUGGGUAUGAUGAUUCAUGGCUUGGCUGUAAAGCUGGGGCUGAACCAGGAACUAAUGGUUAGCAAUGCUUUAAUUGACAUGUAUUCAAAGUGUGGGUUCUUAACUGAUGCCCAACUCCUUUUUGAUAAAAAUGAUAAUAGAAGUGUUGUUUCGUGGAAUUCAAUAAUUGGGGGAUAUUCUAGGGAAGGAGACCUCGAAACAGCCUUGCACCUUUUGCGAAAUAUGCAAAUGGGCACUAUGAAAACAAAGGCUAAUGAUGUAACUAUAUUAAGUGUAUUGCUAGGUUGUUUAGACAAGUCGGCACUGUUGAGCCUGAAGGAACUUCAUGGCUUCUCGCUUAGAAAUGGGUCUCGAUAUGACAUACUGGUGUGGAAUGCUUUCGUUGCAGCCUAUGCAAAAUGUGGGUCACUGAGUUCAGCUGAAAAUGUCCUUUAUUUCACAGAGAAUAAGACUGUGUGUUCUUGGAAUGCACUUGUUGCUGGCCAUGCACAAAAUGGAGAUCCAUCAAGGGCCUUGGACUUGUACCGUCAAAUGAAAGAUUCAGGGCUAAAUCCUGAUCGAUUCACCAUUGGCAGCCUUAUUUUGGCUUUUGCCAGCCUAAACUCCCCACGGUAUGGACGAGAGAUCCAUGGAUAUGUGGUUCGUAAUGGUUUAGAGGCUGAUUCAUUUAUUAGUAUUUCGCUUCUGUCACUUUAUAUUCGUUGUGGGAAACCGUUGGCUGCACAGGUUUUAUUUGAUAGGAUGGAAGACAAAAACUUAGUAUCUUGGAACGCAAUGAUUGCUGGUUACUCUCAGAAUGGACUCCCGAAUGAAGCUCUAAAUCUCUUUCGUGAAAUGGUUAAUCAUGGGGUUCAACCCUAUGAAAUUACGUUAACGAGCGUGUUUGGAGCCUGUUCACGGUUAUCAGCAUUGCGGCUGGGGAAAGAAAUCCAUUGCUUUGCAUUGAAAGCUCACCAUACUGAAGACAAAUUUGUUAGUUCUUCAAUCAUAGAUAUGUACGCAAAAAGUGGAUCAAUUGAACUAUCUCGGAAGGUUUUUGACCAAUUAAAGGAGAAGGAUGUGGCAUCAUGGACAGUUCUUAUUGCAGGAUAUGGAAUUCAUGGACAAGGAAGAGAAGCUGCAGAGCUAUUUGAGACAAUGCAAAUAUUAGGAUUGAAGCCUGACAGGUUCACAUUGAUUGGUAUUUUAAUGGCAUGUAGCCAUGCUGGUUUAAUUGAAGAGGGCCUGCAUUAUUUCAACCAAAUGCAGCCAUUGCAUGGGAUAGAGCCAAAACUGGAGCAUCAUGCGUGUGUCGUGGACAUGCUUGGUCGUGCGGGGCAAUUCACUCAAGCUUUGAAGAUUGUACGUGAUAUGCCAGUGGAGCCUGAUGUUGGAAUAUGGAGCUCAUUGCUUAGUUCCUGUAGAAUCUAUGGUGAGAUGGAUUUAGGAGAAGAACUUGCCGAGAAGUUGUUAGAAUUGGGGCCAGAUAAAGCCGAAAAUUAUGUAUCAGUCUCAAAUUUAUUUGCUGGAUCCAGGAACUGGGACGCCGUGAGAAGGGUUAGGGGUAAAAUGAAGGACCUAUGUCUAAAAAAGGAAGCCGGUUGUAGCUGGAUUGAUCUUGGAGGCAAAGUAUACAACUUUGCUGCUGGUGAUAAGUUGCUUCCCGAAUCCGAACACAUUCAGGAGAUGUGGAAAAACCUGGAGGAGAAGAUAAGCCGAAUUGGAUAUGUACCUGAUACAGGUCUAGUGCUUUAUGAACUGAAAGAAGAGGAGAAGAUAGAAAGUUUAAGAGGGCACAGUGAGAGGCUUGCAGUUUCAUUUGGCUUGUUGAAGACCAAGGAAGGUGUAACACUGAGGAUUUGCAAGAAUCUGCGCAUUUGUGGAGAUUGUCACAAUGCAAUCAGACUGGUGUCAAAGGUUGUUGGCAGGGAGAUAGUAGUAAGAGACAACAGAAGGUUCCACCAUUUCAGGAAUGGACUAUGUUCCUGUGGAGAUUAUUGGUGAUGAAGAAGAAGGAUUAGACAACUGCUUCUGAUAUUCCCUGUGAAGAAACCAACCGCACCACAUCUCGGAGAGCACUGCCAACAACCAACAAAUUAUAUAUCCUGCCUCUGCUUUAUAACCACUCCCCGAAGUUUCCUGAUUUGUAUAUACUAGUCUCUGAUUUUGAACGAAAUUAAAUAGGAUCUUCUAAAUCCAUAUUAAGAAAUUAUCUUACCUUCACUUACAAAUCAAUGUUUAAAUCUCAAAAGUCAAGUUAUGUUUAAACUUUCAAUUUUAUUUGGCAUUUGGGAGGGUUUGUCCUUUCUGUUA